GAUGCAGCAUAUUCCAUUAAACGGUUUCCAAUUGGAACAAACAUCCUUUCAAAUGAAAUUAACAGCGUUGUCCCAAUCGGCUCAAAGUUCUAAGGAGGAAGUUCUAAAGACAACUGAAAAGAAGGUAGAAAUCUCAGAAGAUGUAUUGAAAAUGUGCCUAUACGGAAAGAUACCAACAGAUAGAAAUAUAACAAAUCAUUUAGUAAGGCUUAUUGCCCACACGCCGACGCCCCCGGCUAUAAGACUACUACCAUCGGGAGCCUAUCACGGGAGAUUAGGAGCCUUUUCGACCGAAGUUAUCCAUUUUAUGGCAGAUAUUGGUCCUUUUCCUGGCUACAAAAGGGAAUUAAACGACGCCUCAUCUGACGGACGCUUUUUAUGGGAGAUUUUUGGCGGUGAUGGCUCAUUAAGUCACUACUUGGACGGUUCAUCGGCUCCGCUUAAUAUGGUUUGGUUAACCAUGAUUCAAUGCGCUCGAUACGAUGGAGAGCAGAACUUGGAAAUUUAUCAAAAAGAGAAUCAAUUAUACUUUAGGGCUAUAAGAACAAUAAAACCGGAUGAAGAACUAUUAGCUUGGUAUGGGAAUUCUUAUUCUACUUUUUUGGGUUUACCGUCUGCAGUUCAAAAUAAAAUAUCAAUUAAUUCAUUACCUGGUUGCCUUAUACAAUCGCCUAAUAAAUUACGAUGCGUAGUUUGUAGACGAGGAUUUAAUUCAAGAAGUAAUCUACGUUCGCAUAUGCGAAUUCAUACAUUAGAAAAACCGUUUGUUUGUCAAUUUUGUCAAAGGAGUUUUAGUCAAAGUUCAACGUUAAGGAAUCACGUUCGAUUACAUACAGGAGAAAAGCCAUACAAAUGUUGCGAAUGCCCGAAUGCCUAUUCUCAAUUAGCCGGACUAAGAGCUCAUCAAAAGAGUGCUGGACACCAAAAGCCCAUAAAUGUUACACUUCCAGAAUAG